AGUAACAAAUUACCGAUAAAAUAAAUAAAUAAAUAAAUAAAUAAAACAAGAGUUUUUCUCUCUCCUCGAUUUCCCCGCGCGUUUCUCUCUUCCUUUUCCUCUUCCUUUCUCCGUCUAGCGGGAAAUGCCCUCACCGUCUGGAGAAAGGGCGGUGAAGGCGCUUUGGUCGCCUAGCGACUCUCUCAGAGUGCCUAUUAGAUCCCGUGGGCCAAGAAAUUCCUGUAGAUCAUUCCUGACGUUUUUCAGCCUUCGUUUGAUGCCGUGGGAGUUGGAUCGUUGCUCCCGUGGCGUCGACUGGUGCCUCGAGGACAGGCUGUCGCCGUUUAGCGUCGGAUGGGCUCAAGCAUAACACCUCUGUUUGCGAUCGAUCUAUCAUUUUGAAGGUUUACUUUUAGCAAGCUUGGCAGAUGACAUAUUACUGUUUACAUUUCUAUGUGAAGCCCAAAUAUGAAUCCAAUGUGCAAUAUUAGCCUGUUCCAAUCAAUGGUUUCUAUCCCAGGUAUCCUUUAGACACAUUGUGUUCUUUCAUUUCAUUUUAAAUGCAUCCAUAUUUUGUUCUGCAUUUACCUGUGAUAGCUAGGCAAGUUUAUAUUUCAUCCUCCUUCUCAUGUGAAGAUUUGUAUGUAAUUAACUACUGAAAGUCUA